CACAGGCAUCAGUAAAAGAUGGUGAGAGGCGGGAAGAACGUUGAGGAAGCUGAAAAGCAUCCUUGUUUUCCUCCUCGUCCUGUUGAGCUGUUGACUUUUCUCUCCGUCCGUCUAACUUCCUUCCCACCCAAUGAUCCACUUUCACCCGCCUCUCUCUCUCUCUCUCUCUCUCUCAGCCUUCUCCCUCCCUCCAUCUCUCUAUCUCUCACCGUUCAUUCAGCAGCUCAGAGAGCGUCACAGACACACACCCGCACACACACCAGCGACUCCCGGGCUGUAAACGUUAGCCGUCUGAUGGGGUCAGAUCGGCUCCUCUUGCUGGCUUUUUAGGAGCGGGAUCAAGACUUCUCCUCUGCAGCCAAGCUGUCCUGUCCUCCUUUCAUUCUCUUUCGCUUCUCUUUGCCUUUCUCUCAGAGCUUCGUUCUAAUUUUGGAAACAUGGAACCUCGGGGAGUGCUCUCCCUAAGCUAUUUACAUCCUUGCUGCUCUUCCUCCCCUUUAUACUCCUCCUCCUCUUCUCUCCCCGUCGUCAGCCAGGAGGCGAACAGUGAGAAGACCCUUUGAUGUUGCGGAGCAGGGGGAACUCGGCUUCUCCUUCGUCUGGGAUUUUUUUUUUUUUUUUUUUUGUCGUUCGGCUCACAGAAUCACUCGGCAGGACGGGAAUUACUCGGUACCAGCUGGCUUCAGUCUGUUGGUAUUUUUGCCCCCGAAUGGCCGCUGCAACAGAAGAAGCAAACUUUCCUCUCCCUCAGCUGAAACCUUGACAGGUACCUCUCACAGCGCACCCGCCGUCGUCGCGGUUUUCAGGAGCCAGCCGAGGAUUUAGGGAGAUCUGUGCAGGCUUGGUGUUUUCUCAUUUACUUUGACUCAAAUCCCUCAAUCCCAUUGGAGAGAAUACUUCCUGGAACUCACACCUACUAUGACGGAGGAGAGGAUUUUGCUCAAGGUGAUAGUGGCCGGUCAACACAACUUGUCCUGAGUGACCACAGGAGACCCAAGGAGAUCUGCAAUCCCAGUUUAGGCUGGAUCAUACAAUAAAACUCUCAUUUUUGACUUUUUUCUGAGUAUUUUGUCACACUUGCCAGGACAGUUGAGCCAUAAUUCAGUAUUUUUUUUAUUUUUUUUGCCACAAUCCAUGGCAGAUGUAGUCCUUCCUAAGCUAUGCUGGUACCUCUGAGGAAGAGCUGACUCCCCCCACCCACCCACCCACCCCCCCAUCACAAACUUAUGCAGCAGCGUUUGUCCUGGCAUGCUGUUACAUCCCACCGUGUCAGGAUUGUGCACCAUGCUGCAGACCAUCUACGAGACUGAGUCCUGCUUUUCCUCCGCCAGCACAGACAGCCACCACCAGCCUCUGGAGCUCCUGACCGGCAACAGGGGCUGUGGUGCUGACAUGACCGCUGCGGUCUUGGAGGUGAACAGCAGCCUGCCAUCAGGCAUGCAGAGUCCAGUGGAAGCAACAAGUGAGCAGAGAGGAGGAGGUGGGGAAGGCGGGGCUGGCCCUGGAGAAUGCCCAGGUGGAGGCGGAGGCCCAGUGGACCUGAGAACAGAGCCCAGGGUGGGCUCUCUGUCUGGUGGUGGAGCAGUGGACACAACCCUGAGAGAGCAACAGCUUCAGCAGGAACUGGUGCUCCUCAAGCAGCAGCAGGAACUCCAGAAGCAGCUGCUGUUUGCCGAGUUUCAGAAAAAACAUGAAGUGCUAACACGACAACACGAGGUUCAGCUGCAAGAGCACUUAAAGCAACAACAGGAGCUGCUGGCAGCAAAGCGACAGCAGGAGUUGGAGCACAAGAGGAAACUGGAGCAACAGAGACAUGAAGAACAGGAGAAGCAGAGACUGGAGCAACAACUGUUGCUGCUGAGGAACAAAGAGAAAGGGAAAGAGAGUGCCAUUGCCAGCACAGAGGUGAAGCUCAAGCUGCAGGAGUUCCUUCUCAGUAAGAAAGAGCCUGGUCCAGGAGGACUCAACCAUUCCUUCUCCCCAAAGUGCUGGGGAGGCCAGCACACCUCUCUGGAGCAGAGCUCUCCCCCUCAGAGUAACACCCCCGGGACCCCUCCCUCCUAUAAGCUCCCCCCUCUGCUCGGCAACUACGAGGGCAAAGACGACUUCCCCCUCCGAAAGACAGUCUCAGAGCCGAACCUGAAGGUGCGCUCCAGGCUCAAGCAGAAAGUGGCAGAGAGGCGCAGCUCCCCGCUCCUUCGCAGGAAGGACGGCACUGUCAUCAGCACCUUUAAGAAAAGGGCCAUCGAGAUAUCAGUUUCCUCCGUCUGUAACAGUGCUCCAGGUUCAGGUCCCAGCAGUCCCAACAGUUCCAAUACGGCCAUCGCCAACGGCAACACGGGAUCAGUCCCCAACAUCCAGACCGAGCUGAGAUCUCUCCAUCAGACGCUGGGGGCUGAUGGGACAUUGAGUCCUCUUAGUCUCUACACCUCACCCUCCCUGCCCAAUAUCUCUCUAGGCCUCCCUGCCAACACACACAUUACAGCACCCCAGAAGCUGUCCACCCAGCAAGAGGCAGAGCGUCAGGCCAUCCAAUCCGUACGAGGGGGCGGAGCUCUAACAGGGAAGUUUCUCUCCACUUCCUCCCUACCAGCAGGUGCCGCACAUGAUGUGGAGGCUCCGCCCCCCACCUCUCAUUCAGCCCAUUCCUCGCUGUUACAACACGUGCUGCUGUUGGAGCAGGCCCGACAACAAACUGCUAUGCUAGUGCCCAUGUACAGUCAAUCACCGCUGGUUACCGCAGAGAGAGGCGUAACCACCGGAAUGCGGCCCGUCAACAAGCUGCCCCGCCAUCGACCGUUGGCUCGCACACAAAGCGCACCUUUACCCCAGUCGCCCCAGGCCCUGCAGCAGCUGGUGGUCCAGCAGCAGCACCAGCACUUCCUCGAGAAACACUACAAGAUGCUAUCGAAGGGGGGAGACCUCCCAAGACCGCCACCGACCCACCCCGAGGAGACAGAGGAGGAGCUAACAGAGACCAGUGACAUGCAGGAGGAUGAAGGGGCAGUUCCUAACAGAUUGCAUAAGGAGGGAUCCGAUGACAGCAGCCACUCAUCUGAGCGACUGCACAUAAAGGAGGAGGAGGAGCCCAGGAUUAUGCAUGUCAAAGGCGAGAGCACGGAGAGUGAGCUGGAUGAAGACGAGGAUGAUGAUGAUGUCAUUCAGCUAAGGGAGAGCGAGGAAGAGGAAAGGGGCGGCUACAUGCAGCAGUCCUUGCAGCAUCUGAGUGUGUUCUCGUCCUCGCUGCCCCACAGACCUCUGGGAAGAGCCAAGUCGUCCCCUGCGACCGCUGUCAAUCCCAUCAAACACCUCUUCACCACCGGGUUGGUGUAUGAUAGCUUGAUGCUGAAACAUCAGUGUGUGUGUGGCAAUGCUCACAUUCACCCAGAGCAUGCUGGGAGGGUCCAAAGCAUCUGGUCCAGACUGCAGGAGACCGGCUUACUGAGCCGCUGUGAGAGGAUUCGUGGGCGAAAAGCAUCUCUAGAUGAGAUCCAGUCGGUCCAUUCAGAGUUCCACACCCUGCUUUAUGGAACUAGCCCGCUCAAUCGGCACAAACUGGACCACAAGAAGCUUCUGGGUCCUAUCAGCCAGAAGAUGUAUGCUGUUCUUCCCUGUGGAGGAAUAGGGGUGGACAGUGACACAGUGUGGAAUGAGAUGCACUCGUCAGCAGCGGUUCGCAUGGCAGUGGGCUCAGUUAUUGAGCUGGCCUUUAAAGUGGCCGCAGGGGAGCUGAAGAACGGCUUUGCAGUCGUGCGUCCACCUGGUCACCAUGCUGAGGAAUCCACAGCCAUGGGGUUUUGUUUCUUCAAUUCAGUAGCCAUCACUGCCAAGCUGCUGCAACAGAAGCUCGGCGUGGGAAAGGUCCUGAUUGUGGACUGGGACAUUCACCAUGGCAACGGCACCCAGCAGGCCUUCUACAAUGAUCCCAACGUGCUCUACAUAUCCCUGCACCGGUACGAUGAUGGAAACUUCUUUCCUGGCAGUGGAGCACCAGAGGAGGUUGGUUCAGGUGCAGGAGUUGGCUUUAAUGUGAACAUAGCAUGGACCGGAGGAGUGGAGCCUCCUAUGGGUGAUGUGGAGUACCUCGCUGCCUUCAGGAGUGUGGUGAUGCCCAUCGCCCAGCAGUUCAGUCCAGAUGUGGUCCUGGUGUCUGCAGGCUUUGAUGCGGUGGAAGGUCAUCAGUCUCCUCUGGGCGGCUACAAUGUCUCUGCACAAUGUUUCGGUACGCUGACGCAGCUGCUGAUGGGACUGGCAGGUGGGCGGGUUGUAAUGGCGCUCGAGGGCGGCCAUGACCUGACUGCUAUCUGUGACGCAUCAGAGGCCUGUGUUUCUGCACUCCUCGGAGAUCUGUGUGACUCUGGCUUUCAGUGGCCUCAGGAGAAGCCAUGUCCAAAGGCCUGCGCUUCUUUGGAGAGAGUGAUAGAGAUCCAGAAUAAGCACUGGCCCUGUCUCCAGAGCUCGUCUCAAAGCAGCGGCCACUCCUUCCUGCCAGGGUCCCCGGGAGCUCAGGGCCAGUCUGAGAGGGACGAGGCGGAAACGGUCAGCGCCAUGGCCUCGCUGAGUGUUGAUGUGGAGCAGCCAGCCUCGGUUCCUGAAACCACAGAAUCCAGCAGGCCAACGGAGGAGCCAAUGGAGGAAGAGCCUGUCUUGUAAAGAGGAGCUCAAACCUUAAGCACACAAAAACACCUUCACCUCCUUCUAGCACCUCCUCGUUCUCCUUUUCCUGCUCCUCCACAGAGUGUGUAUGUACACACACACACACACAUACACCUAAGCAGUGGGGGACUGAAUCGUUGUGGAGGACUCCCGAUUGGCUGAGAACAUCCAAACGAGGCAGGGUGAAAGCGAGUCCUGUACAAAAACGGGGACAUCUGUUUUCUUCUGGUUUGCCCGUCAAAGGAGGCGCAGACGACUUGUUGGCAUCUCCGUGGAAACCAAAGACGAGGAGCGUCAGCAAGGUUGCGUUUUCUGUACACCACCAGUACACGACAUCACCGAACGUCGUCCGAUCGUUCUGCUUUUCUAUUUCCUAACUACUCCUCUGUUUCCACUGAGGGAUGUUUACUGUGGAAAUGAAGAAAAAAACAACUUUCAUCCGGUCGAAGUGUCCGACGACAAGCUGACGACUGGUCUUCUUGUGUCUGUCGGUGAACACACGGAAGUCGCUCGUUUGAGGAGAAACCCAGUUUUACAAAGACCGGGGGAGCAAGAACUAUAGGUGCCUUUUUUUCUGUCGGAUAACACAAAUUAUUCAAUCAAAAUCCACACAUCACUGCCAGUGCACCUCAGCCAACCAAACAGCCAACGAGGACUGGAGAAGCGGUCGAUAGGGCACACAUGGCCACACAUACACUGCUGUUGCUUCAGUCGCUCAGUGUAUCUCUGUUGUAUACGCGUUUCAUCAUCUGAAUGCCUUAGUUUUUCAUCUUUUUUUGGACAAAGAUGGGUAGAGGGGAUCAGAAGAGCUCAUAAGCUGUAAUCUUUUCAGGUAUUCCCAAAAGACUCUUCUGAUGUUUCCUGAGAGUCGUCAGUACAAGUGGAAACGUUUGUUAAGGAGCUCAUUUGAAUGUUUGUAGUACAGUUAAUGUAACAUAGUGACUCUGAGGGAAUGAUCCCAGGAUCAGCUCACCUUCUCUCAGAAACAAACAUUAUUAUUGGUUUCACUUGUUUCCGUUGAAAGUCAUGUGACCUGAGCCACAUCCUUUCUUUCCUCUAAAGGGGACUUUGAAUUGGGUCACUUUUUCGAACCCCCGCUCCCCUCCCCCCCUUUUUGUUUGUUUUUAAGUGUGUAACAUUUCCGUUUUGGUGUAAAUACCCUCCACCAUCCCGUUGCACAUGGCAACAUCACAGCAUAUGUAGUGUGCUCUGUUUUUACUACAUCUGUACAUAUGUGUAUGUAUAAAUGACAGAAUCCUUUCUCUUUUUGUAAGAAAAGCAAAAAUAAGGUGUAAACAGUGUUUUAUCCAAUCAGAUUAGAUUUAUGACUAUAUUCUAUUGGAAGAUCUGAUGUCUAUUGGCUAUCGGACAGGAAGUUAGGGCACGGCGUGACGGCAGCCGCCGUCGGCGCAGCCUGCUUGUUUGUUUGUUUACAGAUGCCAAGCGAUGGUAGGAUGUUGUAUCUUUUCGGAGGAGAAUGUUGCGCUCAGGUUCCCCUGGCAGGACCGCUGCUCUGUACUGCCCCCCUCAGGCAAGCAGCAGUAACCAGACAAAGGAGGCGUUCAAAUCAAAGGUCAUGACUGGUUUAAUAGGUGGGUCCAGUGAAUGUGGCAUUGUAUCCCAACAGACUUUCAUGAGCAUGGUCCGAAAUCCCUGUAAUUCACACAAGUUUAUAAAUUAGCUUAGGCUAACUCUAGCCUAACCCUUAAACCCUCUAGAGUGACCUUUGCCCUGAUCCAGAAGGAGUUGAUCAUGUACGGCUGUCAUUGAGUGGAUUGUAGAAUUGAAUCAGCUGCAGUGGUCUGACAUAUCCUCUAUACAUUGUAGACAGACUUGCUGCAGUAAAAACUACAAUAUAAGCUGCAAAGUAGGGUUUGUGUCAAUAAACUUCUAACAAACGAUGUGUCAUUUUUAAGUAGAACACAUGGGCCUUUUUAUUGCUCAUUCCAAUCGUUAGUACAUGGGUAACACUUAACCAAGCAUAGCUUUGUGAAAUAGUCACUGAUUGUCCAAAAGGUACAGAAUGCAGAGGACUUAUGAUCGUGACCAGUUUAGGUUAGUUGAGGGCAGAAUCAGCUGCUUUUGGAGGAAAUGCCAGGGUGCCAUUCCGUAGCCAACACGUCACUUUGGUUUUUAACAUGAAGCAUAAUGUUGAAUGCAAAUGUUUUUCUCUAAUUUUUUUUCAAUAAUUGAAUACUUUAAUUGCGAAAAUGUUUCCAAAUAACUUACUGACAACUUAGACCCUAGAAUAGUAAUAUGGUUACAACUGUAACACUGAGCAUAAAUUCUGCAUCCACUCACUGAAUGAAUAUUCCUCUCCAAACAUGGACCAGUACGUGCUGUUCGCUGAUUUACAGUAUUUAUACAAACAUUUCUAACUAAAAUGUAUAUUAUGGUCUCAUUGUUUUCAUCUAACAAAGGAAAAGCAGCAGCACAAUAUUCCACCCUUUGCUGUUCUCCUGUUGUUAGAGUAAUGCAAGCGUAGCGGCUGAUAUUAGCUGGUUAUCAUUAGGGGCAUCUGCUCUAUCAGCCAGACUGAAAUGGGCUGCUUGUAAGAUGCCUAGUGCAGUUUUAAGACAGCGUUAGCUUGAAUGAUCCUGACAUAUCUCCCCACGUCUCUUUGAACGCACGUCGCUAGGACCUCCUGGAGAAGCAUGCCUCCGUGUUGAUGCUACUAGUUCAGCUGAACCACAGCUCAGAGAAACGCACUCUUCACCUCAGCCUCAUAGGACGCAAUAACAAUGUGGUUUGUGAUCAGUGAUCUCUGGGCAGCCUACGGGCAUCCGGUGAGAGUCUAGCGGACCCUAGAGGACAGGUACAUAAAACCUACAUCAGUCAGGCUUAGCGAUUGUUCGGACAGUAGAGCGGACUGGGAGGUAUGAAUCCUACUUAAGAAUGUUGAGUGGUGCUACUUUAAUUUCCACACAAUAACUGUUUUUCAUGGCCUAAAAUAUUUCCAGAUAAUUAGUUUGAAUUGUUUUCGUCGUAAGUGGAGGAGUAGCCUUCUUUCGGCGCAGCAAAAGAUGGGUUAGGGAAUGCAACGUGAAAAACGACGCGGAUUUCUCGGGCCCUUUCACUGGCCUCUCAUCUAAAGGACUUUCAGCUGUCAGAAUGGCAUGGAUGGAAAAACGGGAAAUCCAUAAAAACCCUAAGACUUGCUUGAUGCCAGGAAGUGGCUCCAUGCUCAGAUAUACCAGUGUCUGGUAUAUCUGCAUUCGCAAAUUAUUGUUGCCUAGUACAGGUCAAAAAGAAGGCGUUCUGUUGAACAGCACGUUAAAACAUCCUUCCUUGUAUGAAGCCAUGAUUUAAACAGACCAGUUCUGUCUUGCAGAAAUGAGCAACUUCACAAACCGACAAGCUACAUCAUCCCCUGAAGAUACAAGGCCUUAUAGCUGGACCUAUCUAUUAACCAGUACUGUGUAAAAAAAAAUAAAAAAACUUUAUAGAGAGACAUAAAUAAGCUUACUGGUCGCAAGUCACAUGAACUCACCUAACUGGAACCAGAUGUGCAGUGCUGCAGCAGACACUUCUACAUUUGGGUCACAUCCACUUGAAGCAAUAUCAGAGCGAUGGGACUUGAGCGACUGACGCAUCCGACUUCAGUGUUUAUGUGAUAGCACAACAGAAUGCAGCAGCACCUAAAUCAUUUGCGGGGGUCUCCCUGCCUUUACACGUGGUUGAGUGCUGUGUGUAUCAUCUAUCAGGUGGGAGGGAUUGAUCUGACUGACCGAUUUAUUGAUGGCUUUUCAUGUCCUCAAAUUUUUAUUUUAUUUUUGUACUAGGGUAAACACUAAUGCAACUUCAUCAAGCUGUCAGCCACUCAUGUGGCGCCUGGCAUGGUGGUCCGGGAACUGAAAAACUAAAUUCCCCAUCAAGUAUGCAGGAUACCAUCAUCAACACCAAUGGUCGACUGAAGUUCAAAUAAGCACAAAGGAAUUCAAGGGAUCAUUUGGAUCUUUAAGGUAAAGGUAUUAUCGGUAAUAGUUCCCUUACCUGUAGCUGCCAGCUGACACGUCCCUGUGGAUUUUAUAGAAAAGUGAAGAAAUGCUCUGUAUGGUGGAAAGGUAAAAGCCAACCAGGAAAUUGAUUCCUGCCAUUUCAAAGAGCUCCAACAAAAAAAGAGCUCAUACAUGUCAGAUAAUGUGUUAUAUUAUCAGAUAUUAGACAUCUCCACUUCAGCAAGAAACUUUAGCUGAGGUGGUUGCUUUGUCAACCAAACAACAUAUCACAUGAAGUUACAAUAUCUAGGGCUGCUGGGUGCACCUAUGUGGGUCAUUUCCAAACAGCUACAAGAGUCGAUUGAUGAAUCAGAGCAGAUUGGGACCUCAAAAUACAUAACAGCUAACAAAAAAAACCAAUAAAGGUUAACAGUCAGCUGGACCCAUUUUAGCAGAUUUUGCUAUAAAGUCCAACUUGUAGUGAGAAUCCUCUUAUCUGUGUGACGCAGUUCCAUUAUUUAUGGCCAUUGACGGGGCCUUGCAAUGACAUUUCGAUCAAAUGCACAUUGUGAAUGUGCAUUUGGCUGACAAUGAAGUCAUGUGUAAGUAUGGCAGGUGAAAUUGAAUCUACGACUGUGGCCAAACAGUAUACUGCCCAAAAUUAGAUUUACAGAGGCUGCCAGCUGUUUCAGCGCAUUGUUAGGCUGCAUGGAUCACAAGACCUGCAAAAGGACCAGAACAUGGCAACAAUCCAAAGCUUUACACCAUUUUUAGCAGACUUGGUGCAGACCGAUGGGUUGACACAGAUAUCUUCAGCUAUUCCAUAACGUUGGCUUGUUCAGCUGAGAAAACCUAAAAAUCUCUUGCGAAGGUGUAGUCCGUUUUCUCUGCAGAUAUAGCGCUGUGUCUGACAGAUUUAAACAUUUCAAGGCGGGCAGGUUUUAAAUGACUGGCAUGGUCAACCAGACUGUGAACCCUGUCUCAGUGCGUUAGCCAUCCACCUCCAUUCACUUUUAUAUAAAGUCACUGUGCCGUCUGGCUACCACAGGUAAGGGUCAUUGAUCACCACAGAACCUCCUUUCAGCAGUUGCAAACUCUUUCUUUUACGGCAACGCGGAUGAGCAAGCAGCAAUCAUCACCGCAUUCAGAGUCCUCCAUACUGGGCCAUUUUCUGCCUACACCUCAUGGUUGUUAAAGGAACUGCAUCGUGAAAGAUUUUAAAUACACCGUCUCCAGAGAUCUCGUCGGCCACAACCUGAGACAUUUCUAGACUGCUGCGUUUAAAAAAAAAAGCAGCUGUUUUCACCUUUUAUUGGUUGUUUUACCCUGAUACGGUGUAUAUUGUUUGGCUGUGACCAAAGCAACGGAGAUCAAACUCCAACCGGACCUAAAUGUGGUGAUGGUUGCCGCUUGGUCGACACGUCGUGUACGCACGGCGCGUCCUUCAGCUCAGUGGUGAUCAGGUUACCUUGUGGCAAAGGCAUGAUGCUGAGAGGAAGUGGGUUGACGGAAACUAUUGUUUAAUAUUGUGAAGGCCUUUCACAGCUUUAUGGAGGUCAGUCUCACACACUCUGACUCUUUUGCUACUUAAACUGAUCCUGUAUAUUUCUUCACGUUUGAUACUGUGGUGUAACUGUACUGUCCUAUAAAGCCGUGUGGGGGUUGGGGGGGGGGGGGGGGCAUUGGGACUUCCGGACUCAUGGGUGGGAGCUUCAUUCUCGAUCUUCUUUCUCUCCCUCGGUUUUUUUUGGGGGGACACACGUUCUCUCCGAUUCCUUUCUUUCUUCCAGUUCAUCACUGAAGAGUUUUCAGAAGAGCAUUUUUUUUUUUUUGUUUUUUUUUGUCGUUGCAGUUGUUGGAACGUAUCACAAACACAUUCCUGCAUCCUCUCCGUCCGUGCUGUCGUUUCUGUUGCAGAUGCUUUCCCGUCGCAACAGUUCUCGUCCAGUUCUCGCUGUCUCACGUGUAAAUAAAGUGCAUAUUUGUGUACACAUGUGCAAUACACGCUACUCAAGCAAUCUAUUACUGUGACAAAUGUUGAUGAUAAUUGCUACUUUUUGAAAGUUUCAGCCUGUUUUUUGCUCCUUGUCCUGGUGUCCUGGUGAAGGAUUAUGUUGCCGGAUCUUAAAAAAAAAAAAAAAAGGGAAGGUGACUAUUGUGAUUCUUCACUCUCAGUUUCAGGGGUUUGUGGACAUUUUAAUGAAGCCCUUUUGUGUUUAAACACUCACUGUAACAUUGUGACGAUCUUGAUUUUUUUAUUAUUAUUUUAAAGUGGGCUUGUUGUUAAAUUUGUCUGGAAACUCAAUAAAGCAAUUCACGAAGCGC